UCAUGCACGUCGCAACAACUCUUCCCGCCAGCCCGGCUACGUACGUCCCUCCUUCCCCUUCCCUCCUUCCCCUCCACGCCCCACUCGACGCGUAGAUGUAGCAUCACCCCAGACAGAAAGAAAGGAAAGGACCCUGAACAGCCUUCUGGAGCUGGAACUAUCCGGCUUCCCCAUAGAUAACUACAUCGUCUCGGGGCCCGCCCGCUCUUUUAUACCGCCCGCUCUGUGUGUCUGAACUCCCUCCAUCACAACUCUCCAGUUUCCCAUCCACAGCCCAGGCGCAAGAAAUAGCUGCUAGUGGGACUUACCGCCGGCAGUUGCACCUCCGUCCACCCACCCCCACAUCACCAUAAUGCCGCCGCCUCCUGGCAACCACGCAACCCUCGCCUACGCCGCCACUGCCUCUCUCGCUGCCGUCACGCUCGUCUAUGUUUUCGGCCCCACAUGGUUCAUCGACACGACGGCGGAGGGGUCCUCCAAGAACCGGCGGAAAGGCGUAGUCGGGCUCGAGAAUCCGGCUAAUGACUGUUUUAUAAACUCGAUACUACAGGCCCUCGCCGGAUUGGAGGAUUUACGGACGUACCUGAGCCAGCGCACCACGGCGGCGAAGCAGCAGCGCGGCGAGAACUGUGAGAACGAAUUGUUGAUCGACCGGAAGCCGUUUUUGACGGCGGCGUUGAAGGAGAUCCUUGAUAGCUUGAACGAGAGACCGAUAUACAGGAAGAAGACUAUCUCGAAUCGCCCGUUCCUCAAUACGCUGGAAAAGGUGUUUAUGAGACGCAUCUCCAGGGCGCAGCAGGAUGCCCAUGAGUUUUUGCAGGUGGUUGCGGAGACACUGGCGGAGGAACACCAUCGGCUGAAGAAGCUUGAGCGCCAGGGGAAGGUUAGGGCGGUGGUGGGCAGGUACUCACUCGAAGAUGUUACGGAGUUGGGCGAAGAGAUGGUGAUCAUCAAUGGCCCGGAGCCGGAGAAUGAGGAAGAGCAGAAGAAUGAGGAGGCAGAUUUUGUGGGUAUGCCGCUUGAGGGGAGAAUGGUGUCCGAGAUUGAAUGUCAGAAAUGCGGCUUCAAGCCCAAGCCGACAGUCUCCUCGUUUGUGGUUCUGACUCUUCCUGUCCCUCAGAAGAACUCUGCUUCCCUCACCGAGUGCAUUGAGGGCACUCUCUCGGUCGAAUACAUCGACGACUUCGCCUGCGCGGGGUGUAAAGUUCGGCAUGCCAUUGCCAUACUGACUCGGAAGCUAGAGACAUCUCCGAACAGAGCCGAUAUCGAGACUACGAUAUCAAGACUGGAACACGCACUGGAGUCCGAUCCAGAGUCGGUUCCGGAAGACAUUGUUCUUCCCGACGCUCCAAAAUCCCGCAUCGCCAGACGAACACGGAUCCAGGACUACCCGGAAAUCAUUGCGCUGCACCUUUCCCGCUCGAUUUAUGAUACUUACGCAUCGCGUAAAAACGGCGCAAAAGUAUCCUUCGAAGAAACACUACAGAUGGGCGGCAUCACAGACCGAAGAAACUACCGUCUCCUGUGCAUGGUAACUCACAAGGGCGGACACGACAGCGGCCACUACGAGUGCUUCCGACGGCAGAUCGUUGCUCGGCCGCCGUUCUCGGUCCCGACUCCCGGGUCCUCACUUCCGCCUACUCCACUGGUUUCCACUCCAUUAAACACAUCGUCUGUACACCUUGAUAGUCCCGGACCAUCACGGCCCAUGUCCCGCGAUACGCUGCUGUCGCCAAACAGCACCGCGAGAUCGUCGUUAGCUUUCGACGCAGGGAGCAAGCCCACGCCGCCGACAUCGAUCUACCAAACCGGGGGUCUGGGCGCGGAGCUGUCGAGAUCCGUUACACCUACGCCUUCGGAAACGGAAAGGCGGACGAAGGCGGCGGUGAAGAAGCUGAAGCGGAAACGGGCGAAUGAUAGGUGGUGGCGUAUCAGCGAUGAUAAGAUUAAGGAGGCGAGGACGAGUGAUGUCCUGGGAAUGCAAAGGGAAGUGUACUUGCUCUUUUAUCAGAGGGAGCGGAGUGAGUCGACGUGGUGAUUGAUGCAUGUUAUGUGUAUACGUCUCUUCUACGGAUCUGUUAUUUUGGAUGGGCACUUGGCGGUUGUUUAUUCAC